GGCAGAACCUGGAACGGGCCUGUAUGGGUACAUUUUGCAUUGACAAAAGGUCCUCAGCCGAGCUAUCCAACGCUAUCAAGCCCAUGUGUCAACGAGAUGCAUUGUCUGCAGUCUGUCUGGUCUUCCUUCCAGAGGUACAUGAGCUUGGUAUAACGGAGAUCGCGGAUGUAUGCCAAUAGCAGACUACUACCCGCGUUAUCGGGGCGGUUUGCUAGCCGAUAUCCAGAUGUUUCGGCAGCGUUCCACGAACCGCGUCACCCAUGUUCAACUUAGGCAUCAUACUCUUUUUGCCGAAGAAGCGUUUCUGAAAGUCGCUCGUUCACUCACAGCUGGACUCUGUCAGGAUCAAUCAAUCUUCAAUGUGCUGCACUUGAGUGGUUGUGCAGGCGACCAAUGAACCAUUUGACAUGAUCCCGAGAGGCUUUUGCCCGAGAUUUUAGUAUCAUUGCCUAGCUUGCGGAAUGAGCUGGGACGGACAUCGCAGUACG